AUGGAGACCGAGCUCGAUCGUCUACGGAAAGAGCUCGCUCUGCUCCGCCAAGAGGUCUAUCGGCGCGCCCAAGAAGAUCAGCACCGCGCCGACGAAGAACAGCAGUGCGUCGCUGCCCUCGCUGCCGCCGAACGCCACCGCUUGGAGGCUGCGCAAGAAGAGGAAGAACGUCACCGUCGGGAGGCCGAAGCCGACGCUCUCCUCGUCGCCAACCUCCAUGCACAGGCCGUCGCCGUCUCGAACAUUCGGGCCUUCGUUCCCGUUGUUCUUGAGGUCGGCUCCACGUCUUACUCGAAGUGGAGCGGUCUUCAUCUCAUCACCCUCGGCAAGUACGCGCUCACAGAUCAUGUCCUCUCCGACAACACCUACCCCGACGUCGCACCUUGGCUUCGCAUGGAUUGCGUCGUGGUCUCUUGGAUCUUUGGCACCAUCUCUGCCAAUCUUCUAGAGACUGUCAUGACCUCCAGCGACACCAACCGGCAGGCCACCAGCCGGGAAGUGUGGCUUGCCCUUGAAGCCAUGUUCGUUGGCAACAAGGAGACCCGCACCAUGAUCCUCGACACGGAGUUUCGCACUCUCGUCCAAGGUGAUCUCACCAUAUCCGAUUAUUGUCGCAAACUCAAAACAAUGGCAGAUCAGCUCGGCAGUCUCGGCGAACCCGUCCUCGACCGAACCCUUGUUCUGGCCACCUUGCGUGGUCUCAACGAGCGGUUCACUCACAUGGCGGCCCUCCUCAAGCGCCAAAAACCGUUCCCGACGUUCGACGACGUCCGCAACGACCUCCUCCUUGAGGAGAUCACGCUCGCCGACCGGAGCCAGUCGCCGUCGACGGCUCUCCUCUCUACUGGCUCCGGGUCGCGACCUUCCACCCCCGGCGCCCACGGCGGUGGCGCCCCGAGCCUCCCUGCUGGCAGCACCGGAGGCCACGGUGCUCCCAACAACAGCACCGGCAGUCUCCCCGGCGGCUCGGUCACCUCUGGCGGCAAUCGGCAGAACAACCGCCGUCACCGCUACAACCGCAACAAUGGCGGCGGCAACAGCGGCGGCAACGGCAAGCAACCUACCGCGCCGGGUGCACAGGGUGGGUGGCCGCCGUCCUGGUUCAACCCUUGGACGGGCACCGUCCAGGUUUGGCCCGGCACUCCUCGCCCUGGCGGCCUUGGUGGCCCUGGCAUUCGCCCUCCGUCACCGCAACAGGCGCCCUCCCAUGCCCUGACCGCCGGACCUGCUGGACACCCGCCCGGCUAUGGUGUCCCCUACGGCAUCAGCGCGCCAUAUGGUCUGGGUUAUGGGACCGGCGCCCCACUGCCAAGCUUGCCCGGCACGCCCAUGGUUCAGUACCCCCGUUGCGAACAGUGCUGGGGGCUAGGACCAGGCCGCGCUCGCGCACGCCUUCAGCACGGUGCAGCUGACGCCCCCGCCUUCGACAGAUUGGUACAUGGACUCCGGAGCCAGUAA